AUGGACACAGGCCAGGUGAGCAAGGCCAGCGCAGGAGGGACCUGCCCAGAGGGCGACAAGCAGUGUCUACAGCGAGAGAAGGCGGCCGUGAGGAUCCAGGCAUGGUGGCGCGGCGGCCGGGUGCGCCAGACGCUGCUGCAGGCGGCGCUCCGGGCCUGGGCCAUCCAGUGCUGGUGGAGGUCGGCGCAGGCCAAGACGCUGGAGCAGAGGCGGCGCCUGGCGCUGCGGCUCUACACCUGCCAGGAGUGGGCGGUGGUGAAGGUGCAGGCCCAGGUCCGCAUGUGGCAGGCCCGCCGGCGCUUCCUCCAGGCCCGCCAGGCGGCCUGCACCAUCCAGUCCCACUGGCGCUGGCACACCAGCCAGACCCGGGGCCUGCUCCAGGGCUGCUAUGAGGUCAAAGCCAGCCACCUGGAGCUGGACAUCGAAAUCCUCAUGGCCUAG